UCGGGGCAAUCUGGUUCUCGGAUUUCCCGAGCUUCUACUCCGGGUAGUAUGGCUUCGGGGCAAUCUGGUUCUCGGAUUUCCCGAGCUUCACCUCCGAGUAGCUUGGUUUCGGGUCCGUGUAGUCCCCAUAUUUCUCAGUUUUCUUCUCCGAGUGGUAUGGCUUCUGGGGCUUCAAGUGGAGGAUCCUCGAGGUAUUACACGGCAAGCUCCUCACCUUCUAUGGAGAGUUCUUCUUUGUACGUUACGGGAAGUUCAUCCUUGCCAAGUAUGUCGUUGGAAGGAUCUCCAGCGCCUUGUGGGGCGUUAUACAAAGCUGAUGCGGUUUAUGGCGUGACGGCUUCAGGGUCCACUGGACAAAUCCUACAAGCCUUAGACAAUGAGCAUGCGAUGGAAAAAGAGAAAAUUUUAUCAAACUUGAAGCGGUAUCAGAGUGCCAGAAGAAAAUUUUUGGCCCAAUAGAUGCCUAUAUAUAGAAAAAAAUAAGAGAUAGAUACCACCCAAUACCUUCUUAUAAUCAAAAAAAAGUUCCCACUCGGAAAAACACCAUGUACAGAAAUUUCGAGAAGACACCAAGAAAACACACAAUAUUAUACUAAAGAGGAAAAGAGAAGAAGUUACGCAAACGCAAACGUAGGAUCAUUUUGUACUGGUAUAGAAAGACCCACCCACCAGAGACUCAACGAUGAAGAGCUAAAAUAAGAAGUUACGUAAGUAUAUUAUACGUAACUACUUCUUUCAUAGCAGCCUGCUGUCAAUAUUAAACAUCGUCAAAAAUCAAAUCCAUUCAUCAAAAUUUUAGUGAAAAUUCCAUCCAAGUGCGAAACCUUUUCACACAUUUGUGAACUGGCUGUUACUUUGAAUCAGAAUGCCUGUCCCACGCAAUCUUUUCGGUAACAUUGGCGAGGGUGGAACCCCCGUAAACCAGCUUGGGUUGGCCAUCUUUGGAGCAUUAGAAGGUUCCGAUUCAUCCGGCGGUUACACCAGCAGCGCUUCGUCUGGUUCCUCAUUCCGUAAUGCCUACAGCGCUCCUGUAGGGGCACACUCAAAAUGUAUAGAACAUGGGCAUCACCAUGUAACGCACCCUCUUAAUGCCGCAGAGCAAAAACAGCAUGAUAUGUUCGGGUGUACGUUCGAUCCGAGAGCAUGCUCAGAAUUCGACUGUGACAGUCCAGGCGACCUGCCACCACCGAACGAUGGUAUGCAGCAUACGGAAUGCAUACAACACGGACACCACCACGCGUCAUACCCUUUAACGGAAGAAGAGCAAAGGAAACACGAAGAGUUCUGGUGUAAUUUCGACCAAUCAGAUUGCUCAGGAGUUGAAUGUCCUCCACCUGUAGCUGCACGCCCUGAACGUGUGCAACGACAUAACACGUCAUACCCUCUCAACGCACAAGAGCAUAGAAGGCAUGCACAAAUGGAACACAAAUUUGACCCAAGUGAAGCCCGAUCAGUCAAAUAUGGUUCAACUGUCCACUACUACAAUGAAUCACGACCUUCAACACUUUCUAAAGCACCAAGUGGUAGUGGUUCAUACCACACUGCUCUCGAUGCAAGUCCGAGCCAAGUCAAUGUCAACAUUAGUCCAGAAAUGGCAACAAACAUUAACGUGGGAACUCCGAGCUUUAACCUCUCUCCACAAAAAAUGUCAACACCAGUUGGAAGACCCAGUUUUAAUUUACCACGAAGUAAAAUAUCAACUCCGAUCCAAUCACCUUCAUCCAGAAUUUCUGGGACUUCACCUCCAAGUAGAAUGGCGUCAGGCCCCUGUGGCCCCCACCUUUCCAGAGUAUCAACUCCAAGUAGAUUGGCUCCAGGGGCAUAUGAAACUGUUUCCAAAUUUUCACCACCGAGUAGUCUAGCGUCAGGUCCUUGUGGGCCCCACCUUUCGCGUGCAUCGACUCCGUCUGAUUUCGCAUCGGGACCGUCAUGUGGCCCCCAUCUUUCGCGAGCAUCUUCUCCAGGUGGCAUGGUUUCGGGCAAGUACGGAGGAACUAUUUCCAGAAUGUCAACUCCAAGCAAUAUAGCUUCGGGGCCAUCUGGUUCUCGAAUUUCACAAGGUUCUCCCCCAAGUAACAUGGUUUCGGGUCCGUGUGCUCCCCAUGUUUCUGGCUUUUCUUCUCCUAGUGGUAUAGCUUCGGGGGCUUCAAGGGCUUCAAGUGGAGGAUCCUCAAGGUAUUACACUGCAAGCUCAGUGCCCUACAUGGAGGAUUCCUCGUACGUUCCGGAGAGUUCAUCCUGGCCAAACUUUUCGGGAAUUGAACCAUUGUCUCCUUCGAGAUCAUUAGAGGGGAGUCCAGCGCCUUGCGGGGCGUUAUACCGUGCCGAUGCGGUUUUUGACGUGACAGCAUCAGGGUCGGCGGGACAAAUCCUUCAAGCUAUAGACGGCGAGCAUGCGGUGGAAAGUGAGACGAUCUUAUCAAACUUGAAACGGUAUCAAAGUGCUAGAAGGAAGUUUAUGGGGCAAUAAAUCAAGUCAGCCUAUUGUCAAAUAUGUCAUCGGAUGAAAAUUUCUAGUGAUGCACAGAAGAAAAAAAGAUGCCACCCAACAGCUUGUUAUACCGAAAGGGAUGAUCCUACCCGGAGAAGCGGCGGUUAUAGAAAUUCCCAGGAGGUACCAAAGAGCUCCCAUUAUUAUAUUGAAGAGGAAAGGAGGAGAAGUUGCGCAUAUGCGAGCAGAGGAUCAUUUCGUACCGGCAUCGAACGACCCACCAGAGGAACAGAAACCACCAGCACCAGCACCAACACCAGAACCAGCACCAGUACUAGUGAUUAAACCAGAUAUUAACCCUUUACAAUUCCAACAUGACUGUUCUGUUCGAAUUGAAACAACGAGACGGCCCACAUGCUCACAACCUCAACUGCAACAAGAGAUCGAACCUCAAAGUGAUAGUUCAUUUCAACAACAAAGAAUAAUGUCGCCUGUAACUCCGCCAAGGCCAAUUGCAGUUAAUCAGUGUGGUACUCAAGGUGGUACAUGUCCUCCAGUUCAGCCAUUGUGUUCGACACCAAGUCCUAGUCGUUGCACGCAUGGUGGUACCUGUUCUCCAACUCAGCCAUCAUGUGCGGUACCAAGACCUAAUCGUUGUACACACGGUGGUACAUGUUCUUCAGUUCAGCCGUCAUGUGCAGCUCCAAGAUCUAGUCGAUGUACAGACGGUGGUACAUGUCCUCCAGCACAGCCAUUAUGUUCAUUACCAAGACCUACUGGUACAUGUCCUCCAGUACAGCCAUUAUGUUCAUUACCAAGACCUAGUGGUACAUGUCCUCCAGUACAGCCAUUAUGUUCAGUACCAAGACCUAGUCGAUGUACAGUUGGUAGUACAUGUCCUCCAGUUCAAUCAAUAUGUUCAUUACCAAAACCUAGUCGGUGUGGUACUUAUUCUCCACCUUGCCAAUAUCAACCUCCUUGCUUUUCACCUACACCAUCACAGUGUUCCAGAAAUGUCGAUCUGAAUGAGAGAGAACAAUGUGAAUUAGACAUGGUAAGGAAAAGUUUAGAUGAGUUUCAAAGAGCCCGUCGCAGGCUGCUAUACAGUUCCAGAGCUUUGAAAGAGAAAAUGACACGUUACUCCAACUCAAGUGAGGAUUUUUAAGCCAGACAAAUAAAUAAAUAAAAAGUUUAAAAAUUGC